AUGGGUCUAAUGACAUAUGAUAAGUAUUUCCUAAAGCGUGGCUACAUAUGUUCAGUUCCAGACUGCGAAGAUGAUCACAGCCUCAUGCAGCCGGACAAGCGCCUUUCUCAGCGUGAUCUCACAGCUAUGAUGCACGAUCAUAAUUGUGGUUUGGUUGUGGACGGACUAUGGGGCAGAGCCGACCUCGUUUUCCCUUUUGCUGUCUAUGAAGCCAAAAAACGAGCUUUAAGCUUUCCAGAAGCCGAGGAGCAGGUUUACGAUGCUUGCAAGAUGUACCUGGCUAUGUUGGACGACCUGGCUCGGAAUCCUGACAACGUUGCCAAAUACCAGACGGAAGAAAGCUCUAAGCACCAACUGUUCGCAUUCGUGUCCUGUGGCUCGGAUUGGCAAGUAUUCAUAGCAUGGAAUAUGGAAGGAAGUAUUAACGUGGAGACUAUAUGGGAAGGGGACGUGAAGAAAUUCACGGCUGCUUUUGAUUUGAUAUGCAUAGUGGACCAAAUCCACGAAUAUGCUAUUCAUCAACAUCGCGAAUUUGUCAUGAAACAUCUUGAGGCCUGGCAUAGCCGACAUCAGAAGACUCUGGCACCUAUCAAAGAGGCCCUUCUCGAGAUAGACGCCACGAGUCCAAGCUUCGGAUACCCAGGGGACACUUCUAUGAGUGAUCCUGACCCGACACAAAGCGAUACUGAAAGUGACACGAGCGCAUACGACUACGAAGAGAUUGCCAGCUCCUAUGACCUCUACAAAGAGCCGGCCGAGUGGCUCCGUCUCAAAAAACAGUCCAAAGAUAGUAGGCGGAAAAAAGCGAAUAAGACCCGAAGACGCAAUGCAAGUCUUCGCAAACAUACUCUGGUAGACGAUGUACAAGAAACGCCGAAAAGAAAACGAGGGCAAGGCCGCCCACCCAAGGGUCAGUCCGCGAAGAAAGUAUCUAAGCGUGGGCGUGGACGGCCAAAGAUGAGCCGUCGAGCCGCAAGGUUGACUUGA